AUGUUAGGAAUAAGAGAAAUAAGAUUUAAUAAACCGAGCGAUGGAAAUUUUUGGCUCACUAAUUUUGAAAUUGGUUAUCCAAUCACUACCUCUUUGCCAACUAGGAUUACCAAAGAAGGAAAAAUAGCAUCAGAUUCACAAUUGAUAAACAUAAGCGGUUUAACUACCUUUACUUUUGCUACUAGCGAACACCUUUUUCAAGCCUUAAAAUUCACCAUUGAAAAUAAUCCUAACCUAAAUCAUAUUAACCGAAUUAUUAAUGCUCUUACACCGGAUAGAGCAAGGGAAAUCGGACAAGAAAGGAAAUUUAAGAACCUAGAAUUAGCAAAUAAAUUAAUUGCUACGGGCGAGGAUAAAUUGAUAGAAGACACCACUUCCAGAAGGAAAAAAGAUGAAUAUUGA